UCUAGACAGAGAGAGUUUGUUAUGCUAGAGAGUACUAUCAAAGGAUUAGUGAGUCGAUUGCUGUAGGUUGUGGAUAUGUUGUGGAUUGGUCCUGUGUAGCAAAUGGCAAUGAGGAAAUUCUACAGUGAGAUCAAGGGGCUGAAGGUGAAGGAGGUGCCCAACCAUGUGAAGCCAAUGCUUUCCACCAACUAUUCGAAGAAUGAAUUUCAGAGAUGGCUGGACAACUACCAUGCCAAGUACAUUCAAACCAACUCCAUUGACCUGCCCUACCAUGUCUGCUUUGGUGGAAUGGCCUUCUCCUAUAUGGUUGCACUCCCUGAGGAACGCUGCCACCUUAAGCACCAGGAGCAUGCCAAGGAGCAUGGAGGGCACUGAUGAUCAAUUUAUUGCAGGAGUACUGUGAUGUUUGGUUGCUUUGAUCAUUGGAUAUUAUUGACGAGGUAUCAUGAUAUUGGAUGAAUGCUAUGUUUUUAGUAGAAAUGUUUGGUUAUUGUAUUUUAUUUUA